AGAUUAGGUUGUGAUCACCCCGGUGUUCCGGGUUCAGACAGCAGAGGGGGCGUGGUGAGUGCGGUUUGUUCAGUACACUUUGGACCUGAAGACAGCAACAUCCUGUCCGCUUCGUUUCUUUCUUUUCCCCUUUUAAAGAGGCGUUGAGUCAUGGUUCGUCGGGUCGCGGUGGUCGGAGCAGGCAGUUCAGGUCUGGCCUGUAUCAAGAUCUGUGUGGAUGAGGGCCUGGAGCCUGUCUGCUUUGAAAGCGGUGAUGACAUCGGUGGCCUGUGGAGAUUUAAGGAGGCCCCCGAGCCGCAGCGAGCCAGCAUCUAUCGCUCAUUGGUGGUCAACACCUCAAAAGAGAUGAUGUGUUUCAGUGACUUCCCCAUGCCGGAGGACUAUCCAAACUACAUGCUCCACUCUCAGCUCCUGCAGUACCUCAGCCUCUAUUCUGAGCACUUUCACUUGCUCAGAUACAUCAACUUUCAGACGACGGUGAGGAGUGUGACACAAAGACCAGAUUUCUCUCUGUCUGGUCAGUGGGACGUAGUGAUCAUGAACAGGGAUGGAGAGGAAGAAAGGCUCGUCUUUGAUGCUGUCCUGGUGUGUUCAGGUCUUUACACUAAUCCAACAUUACCCCUGUCCGGCUUUCCAGGAUAUGAGACCUUUACUGGCAGGUGUUUUCACAGCUGGGAAUAUAAAGAUGCAGAGGCCUUGAGAGGAAAGAGGGUGGUGGUGGUUGGCAUGGGAAAUUCCGGAGGGGACAUUGCUGUGGACAUCAGUAGAUCUGCUGAGAAGACAUUUCUCAGCACACGAGAAGGGGCCUGGGUGGUUGGCAGGAUGUCUACCAGUGGUCUGCCUCUGGACAUGAUGAACAUCUCCAGACGCAUCAAUAUCCUCAAGCUGCUCCUCCCCCAGACCCUGAUCAACUGGGUAGCGGAGCGAGCUGUGAACAAGAAAUAUGACCACAGACUGUAUGGCCUGAAGCCCAGACACAGAAUUUUGGACCGAGGGAUUUUGAUCAAUGACGAUCUUCCUGGACAAAUCCUUCGAGGGGCGCUGGUCCUGAAGCCCAACUUGAAAGGGUUUGUGGAAACGGGAGUUGUGUUUGAAGAUGGCACAGUGGAGGAGAACAUCGAUGCUGUGGUCUUCUGUACUGGAUAUAAUGGAACCUUUCCAUUCCUGCCUCCAGCUUUGUCUGAGGGGACUCAUGGAGAGUUGACAUUGUACAAGAGACUGUUCCCUCCUUCUCUCCAACACCCCACACUGGCCAUUAUGGCAUCUUUUCGAACAAGUGGACCAAUCAUGCCCACAGUAGAAAUGCAGGCGAGGUGGGCUGUCAAGGUCUUUUCAGGUUCGAGGCAUCUUCCUUCUCAGGAGAAAAUGCUGGAAGUCCUUGAGUCUGAUAGACAGAUGUCCAUGAAAAGCUACCCCUGCCCACUACUGGCUGCUCUCCAGGUGGAUUACGUCACAUACCUGGAUUUCAUGGCCAAGGAGGUAGGAGUUCAGCCAAACCUUCUGGCACUACUCCUGAGAGACCCUGUGCUCUGGGCGAAGGUCGUCUUUGGUCCCUUCACUCCGUAUCAGUUUCGUCUCACUGGACCUGGACAAUGGGCCGGAGCCCGACACGCUAUCCUCACUCAGUGGAAGCGGGUUGCUCAGCCUUUCAAAACCCGAGCGGUACCAGAACCAGAGCCUGGGAAGUCUGUCUUUUCCCUCCCUGGGCUGCUCACAUUGGGAGGAGGUGUGAUAAUGGCUGUACUUCUGUCGAAAAAUCUUCCAGCGCUGCAGGGUGCAGCUAGGUUUUUUGAGAGGAUCAAGAUCUUUUUGAGGGACAUCUGGUAUACUGGUUAAACCAGAAGAACAUGACGCUUCUCAUCCUACAGGCGUCUCUGUGGACACAGCCACUUAUCUAUCUGCUGGAUUCAUGUGCCUCUUGAAGGGUCCAAUUUCCCAAGUAGGGAAGUAAUUCAUCCAACUUUUUUGGUUCAUAUGCUUUAAUUCCGGUUGUUGAAAGAACAAGGUCUCACUGUGAAGCUGUGGAUCAUUUAAUUACCAUAGAGUUACUGCUAAUUCCAUGACCAAAUCUUAAAAUACAUUAUAUGUUGACCUACUUUCAGCCAGGAUAAACUCUGCUGGGAAACAGGUCUUAAAUACGUGAGACGAAUGAAUGGGUCACACACAUUCAAUACCUUGAUAACACAAAACACCACACACUGGAGCUAUUGUCCUCUUACCAGACUGGAGGUGUGCACCUGUCUCACUCAACCUCCAUGAGACAAAGCAACACAGCCAGCCUUGCUCCUGCAGGUAAAACUUUACCUGCAACUCCCCUUUUGUACCUGGUGCUCCUUUUCACAAGUGCUCAAGGUAUUACUUACUCCUCACCUUGAAUACCCUCACGAUCAAGUUCUACCUGUUCAUGUUCCAGAUGGCACGACAAGCCUUACUGUUUUAAUUCUGUUCUUGAAGUUCUCUCUCCCCCUGCUGUUUAACUAUACGAUCUGAUUCAUUGUUUACAGGAAGUCUCAAACAUAAAUACAUAAACUACGUAUAUAAAAACUCUUAA